AUGGCAAUGACAGGCCAGAGUUCCUGCUCCUCGAUGAGUAAUCACACCAAGGAGCGUGUGACCAUGGCCAAAGUGACCCUGGAGAACUUCUACAGCAACCUCAUCGCUCAACAUGAGGAGAGAGAGAUGAGGUAUGCCUCCUACUGCACACGCACACAUCCGUCUGGGCUAAGCCAACGGGCAGCAUUCCACCAAUGCCUUCCACUGACAUAUUGUUUACAACUCCUCGGUUCUCUAUUGUUACAUUCUUCUUAUGCGUUAUGUCAUUCAAGGUGGGUGUUGCAAACUUUGGUAUUUGUGCCUUAUGUGUUCUUGGCUGACGAUUAGGCUAAGAAAUGGUGGCCACCGCAGUGAAUAUGUAGAAGAUUUUAACACAUUUUAACCAGCUUUUCACUCCCCACUUUUUUCUAUUUUGGGCCGAUAACAUCAACUUGUCUGUCUUGCUUAGUAGGCCUGUAUGCUCUUAAUGGUGCAAAUCGUCUGAGGUCUAUUUUCAUGUUACCGAUGGACCACACAAUGUCUGUCUGUCUGAGCCCCAGCCUAUUGAGGUCAUUUCAGUUCAGAGAUAAAGAAUGUGUGUGGCACUAAAGCCUGUCGCAUGCUUCCCAGUCGAAACAGUCACGCAUAUGUUGUGACUUUUUGGUGAUUGGCAGGUUUUUUUCCAGCUGUUCGCGCACACAACAGUUUUUCUAGAGGCAAGUUGAAGUUCGGUAGCUGAAGACUAUGCCGCUUCGUCUGUGAUGGGUCAACAGCACUACACCUAGUAGGAGUGGGAACUAUGGACGGGAUUUUCAAUUAAGUGUUUGGUGUCAUUCAACGUGAGACGACUAGUUUUCAUGCAGAUUUUUUCACUUGAGAAAUAAACAGUAAACAGCUUAGUUUGAUGUAAAAUUGCGCGACUAAGACCUUGGCAAAAACAUCCGUUACAGAUUUCUUUAUCCUCUAUUUUGAAGAAGUGUUAACCGCUAUGUUGUUGCUACAGCGUCUCAAAAGGGACAAACGUUAAUAUUUUAAGGGAGUAUGCGAGGCACAGACAUUCGCUUCACCUAGCAGAGUUCUACUAGGAGCAAACCAAACCUAUGUAUGCAGACACCUUAACUGGGGCCUUAUAAAUACAUAUUUAUUAAUUUGUUAGUAGGCAGAGGUUCAGAGCACGACAAACAAGAAAGUUCACACACAUUGACAUGAUUUCCAUAUAAAUAUAUACAAUACCAGUCAAAAGGUUGGACACACCUACUCAUUCAAGGGUUUUUCUUUAUUUUUUACAAUGUUUUACAUUGUAGAAUAAUAGUGAAAACAUUAAAACUAUGAAAUAACACAUGGAAUCAUGUAGUAACCAAAAAAGUGUUAAACAAAUCAAAAUAUAUUUUAUAUUUGAGAUUCUUCAAAUAGCCACCCUUUGCCUUGAUGACAGCUUUGCACACUCUUGGCAUUCUCGCAACCAGCUUCAUGAGGUAGUCACCUGGAAUGCAUUUCAAUUAACAGGUGUGCCUGUUUCUUUCCUUCUUAAUGCGUUUGAGCCAAUCAGUUGUGUUGUGACAAGGUAGGGGGUAUACAGAAGAUGGCCCAAUUUGGUAAAAGACCAAGUCCAUAUUAUGGCAAGAAGAGCUCAAAUAAGCAAAAUAUAAAUGACAGUCCAUCAUUACUUUAAGACAUGAAGGUCGGUCAAUACAGAAAAUCUCAAGAACUUUUGCAGUCGCAAAAACCAUCAAGCGCUAUGAUGGAACUGGCUCUCAUGAGGACCGCCACAGGAAUGGAAAACCCAGAGUUACUCUAUGCUGCAGAGGAUAAGUUCAUUAGAGUUACCAGCCUCAGAAAUUGCAGCCCAAAAAAUGUCACAGACACAUCUCAACAUCAACUGUUCAGAGGAGACCGUGUGAAUCAGGCCUUCACGGUCGAAAUGCUGCAAAGAAACCACUACUAAAGGCCACCAAUAAUAAGAAGAGACUUGCUUUGGCCAAGAAACACAAGCAAUGGACAUUAGACUGUUGGAAAUGUGUCCUUUGGUCUGGAGUCCAAAUUGGAGAUUUGUGGUUCCAACCGCCGUGGCUUUGUGAGACGCGGUGUGGGUGAACGGAUGAUCUCCGCAUGUGUAUUUCCCACUGUAAAUCAUGGAGGUGGUGUUAUGGUGCUUUGCUGGUGACACUGUCUGUGAUUUAUUUAGAAUUCAAGGCACACUUAACCAGCAUGGCUAUCACAGCAUUCUGCAGUGAUACGCCAUCCCAUCUGGUUUGGGCUUAGUGGGACUAUCAUUUGUUUUUUAACAGUACAAUGACCAAACACACCUCCAGGGCUAUUUGACCAAGAAGGAGAGUGAUGGAGUGCUGCAUCAGAUGACCUGGCCUCCACAAUCCCCCGACCUCAACCCAAUUGAGAUGGUUUGGGAUGAGUCGGACGGCAGAGUGAAGGAAAAGCAGCCAACAAGUGCUCAGCAUAUGUGGGAACUCCUUCAAGACUGUUGGAAAAACAUUCCAGGUGAAGCUGGUUGAGAGAAUGCCAAGAGUGUGUAAAGCUGUCGUCAAGGCAAAGGGUGGCUAUAUGAAGAAUCUCAAAUAUAACAUAUAUUUUGAUUUAACACUUUUUUUUGGUUACUACAUGAUUCCAUAUGUGUUAUUUCAUAGUUUUGAUGUCUUCACUAUUAUUCUACAAUGUAGAAAAUUGUCAAAAAAUCAAAAUCAAAAAUAAAUAUGCAAUGUAGGAGGUGUUAUUUGUUUUUCAACAGGACAAUGACCAAACACACCUCCAGGCUGUGUAAGGGCUAUUUUACCAAGAAGGAGAGUGACUGGUACUGUAUGUCAUCAUCAGUAGAACGACAAGUUGUCUGUUCAAACACGGAUCACCUAAUGAUGAAACAAGCAGCAGAUGGUAGAGAAAUGACGGUUGGGUAUUGUCUAAAAGCGGUCUGAGUCGGUCUCGCCAUCAUAGCCAUGGGAGGACCUUGUUUGUGUGCUGGCUUCAAGAGGAAACUGAUAAACGGUUAUUAUGACACACGAAGUGGCACCUGUCCAACCCCUACUACCACUUAGCCCUAUUAAUAACACUGGAGAACAAAGGCAACGCAGUGGUCUCUUAUCUCAGCAGCUUCAGCUUAGAGCAAAGAAGGAAAUGACACUAAUAUGGAAGUCCCUGGUUCGCAUUCAUUAGUGCACAACGUAGUAAAGCGUAGCAAUACGUUUUGGAACUCAAAACCAAAACGAGCAUUCUUAUUGGAGUUCAGAUAGUCCCUCACUGUUUCAGCCCGUUUACAUUAAUUCCUAGUGAAUACUACACGGAUGUGGCGAUGGGGUUGAUCCAUAAAAAGUAUGUGGGCAUUACAAGAAAACGGCACCUAUUUGUAUGCUUUCUGGAAGGAUACUGCUCAAAGAUGCAAUAUACCCUACCCUUACACACUUGGCUACAUGAGUCAAUGAAAGUUCCUCUUUCUCUCAAUAUUAGGAUAUAAUUUUCUUGUAGCAUCAUAAUUUUGCUGCUCAGCUCGAACCAAGGUUCUCUCUCACAGCAUGGAAACAUUCAAACUAGUGUUGACCCCAAUUAGUCGACUGGUUGAUUGUGCAUUCGGAAAGUAUUCAGACUCCUUGACUUUUUCCACAUUUUUUUACGUUACAGCCUUAUUCUAUAAUGGAUGAAGUAGUUUUUUCCCGUCACACAAUAUCCCAUAAUGACAAAGCAAAAACAGGUUUUGAGAUUUUUUUGCGCAUAUAUAUAUUUUUAAACAUUGAUCACAUUUACAUAAAUAUUCAGACCCUUUACUCAGUACUUUGUUGAAGCACCUUUGGCAGCGGUUACAGCCUCGUCUUCUUGGGUAUGACGCUACAAGCUUGGCACACCUGUAUUUGGGGAGUUUCUCCAAUUCUUCUCUGCAGAUCCUCUCAAGCUCUGUCAGGUUGGAUGGGGAGCAUCGCUGCACAUCUAUUUUCAGGUCUCUCCAGAGAUCUUCAAGUCUGGGCUCGUGCUGGGCCACUCAAGGACAUUCAGAGACUUGUCCCGAAGCCACUCCUGCGUUGUCUUGGCUGUGUGCUAUGGGUCAUUGUCCUGUUUACAUUUACAUUUUAGUCAUUUAGCAGACGCUCUUAUCCAGAGCGACUUACAGUUAGUGAAUACAUAUUUUUUUAUACUGGCCCCCCGUGGGAAUCGAACCCACAACCCUGGCGUUGCAAACGCCAUGCUCUAUCAACUGAGCUACAUCCCUGCCGGCCAUUCCCUCCCCUACCCUGGACAACGCUGGGCCAAUUGUGCGCCGCCCAUGUGAACCUUCGCCCCAGUCUGAGAUCCUGAGCGAUCUGGAGCAGGCUUUCAUCAAGGAUCUCUAUAUACUUUGCUCUGUUCAUCUUUCCCUCGAUCGUGACUAGUCUCCCAGUCCCUGCCGCUGAAAAACAUCCCCACAGCAUGAUGCUGCCACCAUCUUGCUUCACUGUAGGGAUGGUGCCAGGUUUCCUUCAGACGUGACACUUGGCAUUCAGGCCAAAGACUUCCAUCUUGGUUUCAUCAGACCAGAGAAUCUUGUCUCAUGGUCUGAGCGUCCUUUAGGUGCCCUUUGGCAAAAUCCAAGUGGGCUGUCGUGCCUUUUACUGAGGAGUGGCUUCCGUCUGGCCGCUCUACCAUAAAGGCCUGAUUGGUGGAGUGCUGCAGAGAUGGAUGUCCUUCUGGAAGGUUCUCCCAUCUCCACAGAGGGACUCUAGAGCUCUGUCAGAGUGACAGAGCUCCUCCCUGACAUUUUACGUUGACAUUUUAGUCAUUUAGCAGACGCUCUUAUCCAGAGCGACUUACAGUUAGUGAGUGCAUACAUUUUUUCAUACUGACCAAGGCCCUUCUUGGCCGUGCGGCCAGCUCUAGGAAAGGUCUUGGUGGUUUCAUUUAAGAAUGAUGGCGGUCACUGUGUUCUUGUGACCUUCAAUGCUGCAGACAUUUUUUGGUACCCUUCCCCAGAUCUGUGCCUUGACACAAUCCUGUCUCCAAGCUCUAGGGACAAUCCUUUGACCUCACGGCUUGGUUAUUGCUCUGACAUACACUGUCAACUGUGGGACCUUUAUAUAGACAUUUUUACAUUACAUUUUAGUCAUUUAGCAGACGCUCUUAUCCAGAGCGACUUACAGGAGCAAUUAGGGUUAAGUGCCUUGCUUAAGGGCACAUCGACAGAUUUUUCACCUAGUCGGCUCGGGGAUUAGAACCAGCGACCUUUCGGUUACUGGCACAACGCUCUUACCCACUAAGCUACCUGCCGACCCUAGACAGUUGUGUGACUUUCCAAAUCAUGUCCAAUCAAUUGAAUUUACCACAGGUGGAGUCCAAGUUGUAGAAACAUCUCAAGGAUGAUCAAUGGAAACAGGAUUCACCUGAGUUCAAUUUCGUGCCUCAUAGCAAAGGGUUUGAAUACUUAUGUAAAUAAGGUAGUUCUGUUUUUGAUGUUUUAAUAAACUUGCUAAAAUGUCUAAACCUGUUUUCGCUUUGUCAUUAUGGGGUAUUGUGUGUAGAUUGAUGAAAAAUGUGAUUCAAUAAAUGUUAGAUUAUGGCUGUCCCGUAACAAUGUGGAAAAUGAUAAGGGGUCUGAAUACUUUCCGAAUGCGCUGUAGCAGCCUUGUAUAACCACCAUCGAGCUGUAGGCCUAGGAGCACAUCCUGUUUAGUCUUAAUACCAUAACUUACUCAGGCCUAUAUUUCAGUACUUCUAUAGGCUACUGUAUUAAUCACUCAUUCAUCCGUUAAUGUUAUCACACAGCAUACAAGUCAUUCAUGAUUUGAAAUGCCAUCAAGCAUUUUAGUUUGAAAAUAAAGUGAGCCUUGAAUAAUUAGCUUAAACAAUAAGGAAACCAUUCGAUUUUGGAAAUUGCAUUCACGAAUGAAUGUGACUGUUUUUAGUCUUUGCUGUAAUAAAGGCUUAGCGCAAAAAGUUACAACAGACUCUCUGGUAUGCUUAUACUUUAUUUAGUGUUUACAUUUGUUCCAAACGGUCAGAGAAAUUAUAUUGUAAUCUAUAAAGCACCUGUUUGGCACACAUAUGCACGCAGUGCUUGCUCCUUAGUCUUCUUUUUUUUCUUGUUCUCCUGUAUUUUCCGCAACUAGUCACAUUUAUUUCACACAUCUGACGUUCCCUUUACCUCCUGAGCAACCUAUAAAUAUUCCCCACUAUCGAGUUUAUUUGUCACGUCCUCUGCAUCCAUUUUGCUGUCACGUGUUAGUGUUCAGAGUUUGUUAUAACCAAUUUAUUGAAGUGAUUAUGAUAUGCUAUUUGCACGGCCUGCCCGCUCAUUAGGCAGGAUUAGGCGGCCGCCAAUGGCGGCAGUGACGAGGGUGGCAUUUUCUGAGCUAAACUGACCACCAACAGCAACACAAAACCUCACAUAAUGCUGCACAAAAACCAUGACAAUUUCUCUCAACCAGUGGCAUAUGGGCUUUUUAGGUGAGCGCUGAUGCCACCCUUUGAUAAGCUGUGGCCACUUCGUCAAAGGCAGGGGCGCAAAAUAUUUUGCUUGUCCAUUCCCAGCGUGCCUCUCUAGGGUGGUGUUGGAGAGACACAUCUCUGCAGCGCUCCACCAACAUUCAGUCCCCCAAAAAAAUCUAACAUAAAUUAUGUAGCAGAUAUAGGAUAUGGUAGAAAGGUAUGUGGCCUUUUUUGUAGCGUACAGGCUGGAGAUAAAAUGUAUGACAAUGUAAUGAGACAGACACUUUUUACAUCAUGCCGGUUUCUCCAAUCAAAUAGCCUAACCUAAAUGGCGCUCAAUCAAAUAAAAAAUGUGCUGUCAUGUUAACAAAGCAAUUUGGAUAAUAUGGAAAGGACAAUCACAACUGUUGUCCAGGAGUUUCACCCCAUUGUCAUGAUCAGUGGUUUCAAGUUUAUAUCCGUUAUUAAUUUUUUGACAACCUGAUCAUAGCGAAACAGAAAAUACUUCUGCGUUUCCCGCUGUGUAAACACAUUGCAAAUAGGCUCGCGAUAACUACUGAUAAAGUUGGGUAGCUGAUAUUGAGCUUAAACAGCCAAAUUGAUUAGUCACAGGAAUCCGGACUAAUACAGCCAAUGCAAUGGCCUGUUUUAGAAACGGUCGGCCUACCACAUGGAUGCACAUAAAUAGAAUUCCAUUGCAGGCCGACAUGGUAGGCUACACCCGAGUAAGCACGAGCCUAUGUAUUUUUUUGGUCCUGUCUGGAACUCAUUUUUGGGGGUUUUACAAACGGGAGGCAUACCACAUACAGUGCAUUCAGAAAGUAUUCAGACCCCUUCACUUUUACCAAAUUUUGUUACGUUACAGCCUUAUUCUAAAAUGGAUAAAAUAAAUCCCUCCUCAAUCUACACACAAUACCCCAUAAUGACAAAGCGAAAAUAGGUUUUCAGAAAUGUUUAGCAAAUGUAUUAAAAAUGUAUUUACAUAGGUAUUGAAACCCUUUGCUAUGAUACUCAAUUGAGCUCAGGUGCAUCUUGUUUCCAUUGAUCAUCCUUGAUGUUUCUACAACUUGAUUGGAGUCCACCUGUGGUAAAUUCAAUUGAUUGGACAUGAUUUGGAAAGGCACACACCUUAAUUUAUAAGGUCCCACAGUUGACAGUGCAUGUCAGAGCUGUGUAGAUGGAUGAGGGAUUUUUAACAAAAAUCAAUUUUAGAAUAAGGCUGUAACAUAACAAAAUGUGGAAAAAGUCAUGGGGCCUGAAUACUUUCCGUAUGCACUGUAUAUGUGCUCAUUUGGGGAUCUGAUAGUGUUUCUGAUUGGCUUAAUGCACCACCACUAAUGAGCUGUGGAGCUUCUCAAAGUAAUGUUUUCUUCAUCUCAAACAGCAAGCAAACAGUCUGUUUUUAUAUCCAUUGAGAAGGACUAUUUCCUCAAGCUCUCUCCCUUUUGAUAACCACUCCGCAUGAAAGGGAAAAAUGUCAUGCUCUGAUCCAGUGGAAACUUCAUAAAAUAGUCCUACAUGAUGAGCUCUUAUCCCUUGCUCACGUUUGCUAGCAUGAGCUUCUGGCCAGACCCAAGUUGAUAGUACAAUGUUUCAAGUUCAUUGCAGACAGGCAAUGCGUUGCCAAUGUGAUUUAUAGGAUAUUUGUUUUUAUCAGGAUAUUUUCUACCUGCAGGCUGCAAUGUUGUUAUUUGUUAGCUUUAUGUAGGCUAUUUUUACAUAGUUGGCAAUGGCAAUAUAAGUUACUUUUUUUUUUUAGGUUUUAUCAUUUAAUUUAGAUUUGGAUAGAAUUUUGAUUAACCACAUGUCAAUGAUUUUGAGAUACGAAGACGUUAUUAUAAACGAAAUGAAAAAGUUCAAGAAAAUGUGCAUGUGAAAACCAUAACUGGCACACAGAUUGGUAGAAAUGGUAAGAUAAAUUGGCAUUCCACAUGAGAAAGGUUGCCGAUUCCUCGUGUAACCUAUUACUGGCAACUUCAGGAGUUUAUAAGGCAGAAUCUGCGAAAGCCAGCAGGAGCGGGAAGAGGGUGGCCAGGUUAAGUUUUUAAAAAAUGUCUUCUGGUUGUCUUAUUUGCGUCUUAUUUCAUCAAACAGUGUGCUUAAAGCAUCAGACAAGCUCAAUGCAUAUAGUUCAUUUUACUAAAACAGAUGGGAUGUGUCUAAAUGGAAUAAUACACGCUUAAAAAUGUUGACCAAUCGAUUGGUUGAAAGAACAGACUAAUUUUGGUCGACAUGUAUAUGUAUUUUUCGGGGACAGCCAUAAUUGUAACUUUUUUUCCCCCCAUUUAUGUUCCAGGCAGCAGAAGUUGGAAAAGGUGAUGGAUCAAGAGGGCUUGGCUGAUGAAGAGGUGAGGUUGAAGACUGACACACACACACAACCUUUUUGACACGUGCAGUUGUGCACACUAACCUUUGCCCCCUCUACCUGUGCAGAAGCGUAUCCGGCGCUCCCAGCACGCCAGGAAAGAGACUGAGUUCCUGCGUCUCAAACGAACCCGCCUAGGGCUGGAGGAUUUUGAGUCCCUCAAGGUGAUUGGGCGAGGAGCUUUCGGAGAGGUAGGCAUCACCCCUUUUAUUACAAACACCUCUUUUAUGUAGCCUUGCAGACUAUCAGCUUAGUAUUCAAUAAAUUAUUGACACGUUUUGGUCCCAAGGUGCGUCUGGUGCAGAAGAAGGACACAGGCCAUGUGUACGCUAUGAAGAUCCUCCGCAAGGCCGACAUGCUGGAGAAGGAGCAGGUGAGGAGGAGGAGGAAAGGGUAGGAGGGUAUGUUGAUGGCCAAUACUUAUGAUGGCCAGUCAUGUUCAUUUUCUCACAAAUCCAUAGCAGUGUCUUGGAUCCAAAAGUAGUACCUGCCAUGCAAUCUAAAAUUGAUGUAUGGUGCCAUUUGUGUGCAUUUCUAGGUGGGCCACAUCCGUGCUGAGAGGGACAUCCUGGUAGAGGCUGACAGUCUGUGGGUGGUUAAGAUGUUCUACAGCUUCCAGGACAAGAUGAACCUCUACCUCAUCAUGGAGUUCCUGCCUGGCGGUAUUACCCCCCUCACCCUUAGCUGAACCCCGAACAGUCUCCUACACUACAGGGACAGUCAUUGUCCAGUGGGAAGCUAUUGACCAGAUCAGCUAGUCUUGCAGGUGUAUGUAGACCUCAGAGUAGGAGUGCUGAUCUAGGAUUGGGUCCCUCCUGUAAAUAAAAUAAUAUUCAUUAUGGUCUAAAAGGCUAAAUUGAUCCUAGAUCAGUACUGCUACUCAGACGCUUGAUACAGCCCCUGACGCUUGAUACAGUCUGUAAGGAGGAGCCGUCAGAACAUUGCAGAAACAUAGAACAUUGGGAAUAAACAAUCAUAAUGCAGCACAUUUCUAAAUGCAAAGCCACCGAACGAACAACUUCUGUCUCGCUGGAUAUGCCUCAAAGUCCAGUGGGACUGUACAGGUUGUAACCUGACACUGUCCCCUACAGGUGACAUGAUGACCCUGCUGAUGAAGAAGGAUACUCUGACAGAGGAGGCCACUCAGUUCUACAUCACUGAGACGGUGCUAGCCAUCGACUCCAUCCACCAGUUGGGCUUCAUCCACAGAGACAUCAAACCUGACAACCUGCUGCUGGACUCCAGGGUGAGGUUUGAGCACAGACUCAAGAGACACAAAUAGGGCUGUUGCGGUGACCGUAUUACCGCCACACCGGCGGUCACGAGUCAUGAAGGCAGUCCACAUGACCGUUUAGGCACGGUAAUUAGGCUUCUCCAAACUCUGAUGCCGCUGCUGGUCAUUAGUAGCCUACCAACCUUGCUAACUGCCUGGUACUCGGCACUCUAUUGUACCUAUAAUCACUGACAUCAAUGCGAAUUUAUUUGAAAAUCAAACACUUAAUGAGAGCCCAUGAGCUCAUGUUGCGAAACAUUUCUAUAGGCUAUGCAAUUGCGGGAGAAAACAGAGUAAUGGCCGCUAAUAAAAAGAGGAAGAUCCCAUCAGCUUUCUAUAGGCUAGACCUACUAUAUUUAUUUCUCAACUUUCCUAAUAUUAAGCACAUUGCUUAUAUUUACAACAGGAGUAUAGUCUACCUGGCUGGCAUGAAAAUAAACCACGGGGAAAAGCGUCCUCCAUUCGCUAUUUAAGUGCAUAGAUGACAUGUAUUUUUUUCCCGCUGCCUCUGUUUCGAUACAAGUGCAUGAAAAUGGUCCAUUCUAAAUCAAAACAAUUGUCACACAUAAAUUAUUUAGUACAUGUAAAGACAAGAUUAAAUCAAAAAUUAGUCUGAUGGGUGACAAUAUUAGCCUAUCACUUGUGAAUGAUGCCCAGCAUAAGAAACAAUGCCUUUUUUUGGUCACUUUUUCGAAUCAUAGUAGCACACCUCGUAGCCUAGCCCAUAGGCCUAUAUGUUUUAAUAAGGUUUGUAUCACAACUAAAGUGGCCAAAUAACUUCUUAAAAUUAAGCACAUUAAUCAACUUUACAAGGGGUGUAGAGCCUAACUGGCAUAUAUAAGCAGUCGCGUCCCCGAUGUGUCUGUCUUCACUUGUAGCCUGUGAGAAAGACCCGAUCACGUAACGGAGAGCCAUGUGAGUGAGAGACGCUUCGGAUUGCGCAGCACACUCAAGGAGAAGGGCACAACGCAGCACUCCGUGCCUUAAAAGGCAUGGAUUUUUUUAGGGUGCAUUACAGCCACAAAGGGGAUGCCGCCGUGACAUUCGAGGCAUUAUCGAGUGCUUGUCAAAUUGUGAAUGAGAAACUAUUGGAGUGUGUACAGCCUGCGCAAAAAAAGAAAACAGAGCUCAUGCCUUUCAUUAGUCUCAUCAUGCAGCCUUACAAUGUAUUAAAAAUCCAAACAUAUAGCCCAACGUUUGUGGAACAACUAAAGUUACAUUAAUAACUCUAAAUUAAGCAUUUAGGAGUACCUAUUUCUUUGUUAACUGCUCAACACAGAAUAGCCGCGUGUGCGGCUUUGUUCAAUUGUAUUCAUAUUACAAAACAAUAUAAAAUAAUGCCACAGAAUUAUAAGCAAAUAUUAUCUGCUAAAUGAACUAGUGUAGCCCACAGCCAUUUGGCAUAGCCACAUCAGGAACUAACAUAAGGACAACUCAGAGUACGCUAUUCUGUUCUUCUGAAAUAGACUACAUUUUCUUCAUAUCAUGCUUUAGACAUGUCUAAAAUAAGUAAUGCAUUUAUUGUGAAGGUGUAGGCUAUAUUACAUGGAUUUAUUAUACUUUUUAAAAUGGCUUGUAGGCUAUGUGUGGAAGCCAGGAGACACUAAAUGUGUUUAUGUUAAUUAACGGUCAAUAACCAUGAGACCGACAGUUAUUUGCUUGACAAUCACCAGCUGACAAUGUUGUGACCGCCACAGCCCUAGACACAAACAUGAGCUCAGACUGGUGGUUUGGAUAUGUUAUUUUUUUCGAAUUUGCAAGGCACCAAACUAAAUAAAACGGACUAACAUUUUCCAGUACACUGGCACGGUGUGCACUAAUGAAUAUGAGCCUGUAUUGAAUGUGUCUUUGUUUGAUUGUUUCAGGGCCACGUAAAGCUGUCUGACUUUGGUCUAUGUACAGGUCUGAAGAGGGCCCAUCGUACCGAGUUUUACAAGAACCUGAACCAUAGCCUCCCCAGUGACUUCAGUAAGCAAAGUCAGGCAUCCCCAAUCAAUCCAUUACUUUACCUACUAACACCCUGUAUCAAUGUUUAAGCCACAAUAUGGAGUUUUUGUCUCAGCCCUUGUAGUCCUUAAGAUUUGGAAGCAUAUUUUGGAGCUACACAUUGUUUACAAAGACCCAAAUAAGAACCAAAACAUAAACAAUGGAGUCAUAUUUGGGUUAUGGUGGGUGUAAGACUGAUGUACAAAGCUCAUAUACAUUAUAUUAAUUAGAAAUACCAUUUAACAGUUGGAAAUGUCCCAGAUGUUGUGCCUUAAAUGUUUCUCUACUAACCUGGUAAUGAUUUGAAAUGUGCUUGUACAAAACUAAAAAUGAAAAACGUAAUGGUUUGUUUUUAGGUAUGCUUCAUAUUAUUUAAAUUUGUUUCAUGUACCAAUGUGUAGCCUACAUAUUUUGAGUUGUUGCAUGUACCAAUCUUCAAGUUCCCUAAUGGGGAUUAUUUUGUAAAUUGAAUAUAUCUUGAGCUUCUGCUAAAUGACUAAAAUGUAAAUCAAUAGAUCCUAAAUGGCUAUUUGUUUUAUAACAAAGAAUCUGAAAGGGUUUAAGAUACUUAGUUUAACCUGCAAGUGAGGUUAUGUAGUCCAUUAUGUAAGUUGCAUCAUUUUAUUGAACUGUUUAUUUUUCUUUACAGCAUUCAAUAACAUGAACUCAAAGAGGAAAGCAGAAACAUGGAAGAGGAACAGGAGACAGCUGGUGAGAAAAUGAAGCUGGAUGGGAGGGCAACAUACUGUACAUUCUACAAGUAGACAUGGGCCGUGUUCGAGUGCAUCCAUUUUGGACUGACUAAUCUACAUAUAAAAUUGAGGAUGCAGGGUGAUUUGUAGAUCUGUCAGACUGCAGUCGAUCUCGAACACGACCACAUUUGUAUUGGAGUAGUCUUGUAGUCACAUUGCAUGAUCUUUCUCUCCCCCCCCAGGCCUUCUCUACUGUGGGCACCCCUGACUACAUCGCCCCUGAAGUCUUCAUGCAGAACGGAUACAACAAGCUCUGUGAUUGGUGGAGCCUUGGAGUCAUCAUGUAUGAGAUGCUGAUAGGUGAGAUCCUAUCAACAACUUCUACUUGGGGCCUCUUAAAAAGCAUCGAUUGUUUUUGUAAAUUGGCUUUCAAUCAUCUCGCAUGAAUGUCACAGAAUGGUGCCAUUACUACGUAUUUGCUCAUGCCUGGCUUGUUGAUCCCAUGUGUAUUGUGUUCCAGGCUAUCCCCCGUUCUGCUCUGAGACCCCCCAGGAGACCUACAGGAAGGUGAUGAACUGGCGAGAAACACUGAUCUUUCCCCCUGAAGUGCCCAUUUCGGAGAAAGCUAAGGACCUCAUCCUCCGGUUCUGCUGUGAGGAGGAGCACAGGAUCGGAGCCACGGGGGUGGAGGACAUUAAGGGCAACGUCUUCUUCGAGGGGGUGGACUACGACCACAUCAGGUACGAGGGCUUAAAAGAAUAGUUCACUUUUCUGCAUUUUUAAAAUAAUAUUUUACACAUUUUUGGGGUGUUAUUUCAUCUAAACCAUCUGCUGGUUAUUUGGCAAUAUUGGGAAUCUCCUGGCUAGCAUUUUUUGAGGAUGUAGCAAUGCUAGUGGAAACUGAUUGUAUCAGUUAGUGGUGCAUUCAAAAACUGAUUGGAACAGUAACAUUCUAAAACCAGGGUUCCAAUUUUAUUACAGAGAGCGACCCGCUGCCAUUCCCAUUGAGAUCAAAAGCAUCGAUGACACGUCCAACUUUGACGAGUUCCCAGACUCUGAUAUUCUCCAGCCGACAGGUACGUUGCUCAUUGUCACCAACAUUAGUGGCUGCCACUAGUCAUAAUUCAACACGGUAGUGUUCAUUAGGGCACACAAAGAAAAACAAACAUGUUUUGUAUUAGACCAAGUCCAGGUAGUCACUCCCAGGUUCAGUCAGUUUUCUUCUAUUUGGUGCCUAUUAAACAUGGCCCUGGUAAACUAACGCCACCUUGAAACAAGAUUCUCACAUUUUGGAUCCUUUGUUUUCCUCUAAUGCCCUGUGUGAAAUAAUCCCUGUAUUUUCCGCCUCAGCUGCCCCUGUGGUGUCCAACCAUUCAGAGGUGGACCUGAAGAACAAGGACUGGGUCUUCAUCAACUACACCUACAAGCGCUUUGAAGGCCUCACAGCCCGAGGGGCUAUCCCCUCCUACAUGAAGACAGGGAAGAGAUGA